CUGCGAAGACAUUUCCGCAUUUCUGGCAAAAGAGACUUCUAUCAUUAUUUCCUUUAAGAGACAAUUGUAUGCGAAACAUCUGUUGACCUGGAAAAGUUUUCUCACGUCAGCAGCGUACACCCAUGGGUAGAUAGUGAACACUGAAUUUACCAUUGUAACAUAAUACCUGUUUUAAUUUUAAAAGGUUCUUUUCUUUUGCAGCAUCUUUAAUUUUGAGUGGUCAGGUUUUGAAGAACAGCUGCUUCUAGUAAGACCUUCCCAUUGGUUAGAUCUGAGUGUACGUGGAGAGGAAACAUGAAACUGAGAUAUGUUAAACAAUAUAAUGCACUUUUGGGUGUUUAGCAAGCUGAAGUUCUACGGCGACAGACUGAAUUUUCCAAUCAAUUUUGUUUAACUACCUUACCAACUCGGAGAUCAUGAAUACUUUGUGCGCCGUUAUUUCAAUAGCUGUGCUAAAUUCGGUUUCAGCGUGUAUUGAUGGCAACUGCCGUAUAAUGGAAUUCCCAAGUAACCUUUCCAGCUUUGGAAAACGCUUGAUUAGUCACGUGAUAAAAACAAUACCGGAAAUGGACAAGGACUCGUGUGAAUGGCAGUGUUACCUGGAUCACAACUGCGUCAGCAUAAACUUACAGUUUGAAGGAACACAACGAAACUGCGAGUUGAAUAAUUCGACUUAUAGUGAGCAUCACGAGGAUUUUAAAACAGCAGAUGAUUACUUUUAUCGCGGAACAGAAAACGCUUGCGGUGGUUCACCCUGCAAGAACAAGGGAACUUGUCAAUCUGGUUUUACAAGCAAAAAAUUUCGCUGCUUAUGCACUUUCGGAUUUACAGGCCAUGACUGUGGAGAUAUCGAUGAGUGCUCUCAAGUCAACAACUGCAGUGAAUAUGCUCAUUGUCNUGUCUUUUUAUCAUGGGUAUUAUACAAUGAAACCUGA